AUGGUCAUGCUCCACCACUUCCUGUUGAGCAUCGUGCUUCACUCGGUUUACGUCUCCGCUGCUCCCACCGCACUCGUUAUUCCAUUUGUAACUCUCGGAAGCGCGACGUUCGUUGGAGAGACCUCUGGGACGGUACAGAGGUUCUUGGGUAUUCUGUUCGCCCAACCUCCUGUCGGAAACCUUAGGUACCACUUACCCCAGCCUAUCACAUACAUGAAUGGAUCCUACGACGCAAAGAAAUACGGGCCCUCUUGUGGUCAACAAUCUGUCGGAUUGCCUCUCCUCUCCGGCCUGACAGCGGAAGCAGUCAACUAUGUGAUCAAUUCAAUUUUUGGUCAAGUCUUCCCGACGAUGAAGAUUGUGAGCCUCACUGUGAACGUCGUGAAACCAGCUACUGCUACUCCUGGAUCCAAGCUCCCUGUCGUUGUGUGGAUAUUUGGCGGUGGUUUCGAACUCGGAAGUACUUCUAUGUAUGAUGGAGCAUUAAUCGUCAAAAAGUCCCAAGAUCUUGGACAACCUAUCAUCUACGUCAGCAUGAAUUACAAGUUAACUGGGAUCGACUUCCUUGCAAGUAAAGAGGCGAAAAAAGCUGGUGUGGGCAACCUUGGUCUUCAAGAUCAACGUGAGGCUCUGCGGUGGAUCCAAAAGUGCAUCACUCAAUUUGGUGGUGAUCCCACCAAAGUUUCCAUUUGGGGUGAAUCCGCUGGCCCUAUAUCUGUUGCUCUGCAGAUGGUGGCGAAUGAUGGCAACACUGAGGGUCUUUUCAGAGGCGGGUUCAUGCAAUCAGGAGCUACCAUUCCAGUUGGUGAUAUCACAAACGGCCAGAAGUACUACGAUGCCAUGGUUAAAGAAACUGGUUGCACUGGCGCAUCAGAUACUCUCGAUUGCUUGAGAACCAUCCCAUAUACCAAAUUAAAGGCUGUCAUCCACAAAUCUCCUGGUAUUUUUGCUUACCAGGUAUGUGUGUCAGUGAAGAUCGACUCGGCAGUUGGCGGUAUUGAAUUACCAGCCAAAACGCGCUCAUUUUCAAUCUCAGUUCAACUCAGAUAG